GCUUCAACUUCAAAUCGAGAUAUCAGGUCUCAGUGUCAAAGUGUAUAGGUUAUAUAAUACUGCUCGAUAACCGUAGUAAAAUACUUUUGUUGGUUUAUUAAAGUUGUACGUCGAUUUACUUUAACAGCCAUGUCUGGAAGGCAGAUGAGAUAUCCAUACACACUCAGUGCAAAGAUCGCACGAUUUCCCUUUGAACAUUACUAUUUUAAAGCCAAACGUGGGUGGGUGCUGAAAUACUGGACGAUAAGCGCAAUUCUUUGCUUGCCCCUUUGGUACUCUAUCCAGAAACUCACCUACCACCCGGAGAAUGUUAAGAAAUGGGACGAAGUUGAUAGAAAACAAUUCUCCGGAGAGAUGCAGCAUCAUUGAAACAAAUCUGAAUAAAGUAUUGUAGUGCGAUGUGAAAAACGGAAAUAUAUGUAUGAAAGACCCGAAUAUUGUAUUUGGGAACUAUCAUUAAUGUAUCUUUUA